AUGGAGGAUGAAAUGUUCGACUAUACAAAAGAUCGUUGUCCCAAAGAUUCGCAGUCUUCGUUGCAUAAGUGUUGGGUCUUUGGCACGGGACCGACUCUUCUGAAAGAUUUAUCACCACUGCGUCCUCCACUCCCGAGCCUUGCUCGGGAGACGGUCCUUCCGAGUCCCUCAUUUACACCCUACAAGUUCAGUCUGCUUCCACCGCCGUCUGACCCUGCUUCCAACUUGGACUACAAGCCCAAGACGCCUGUACGGCCCACAUCACUCCGUAAAGCAUAUCCCACAGUAUCAUCAUUAGAUGUUCUCCGGGAGAUCCAAAGGAAGGGGUUCAGUACAUCGGCGUCCAGCAAUCAGAGGCCAAGUGGUUCCUCUGGUUGGUGGUUUCAACAUCUAGAAGAUGUAGAGCCAUCAUUGAAGGAGCAAGAUCAAGGAGAUAGCCAAGGAAGGUCUGAAGCCAAAAUCCGGAAGCGAUAUCGUGCUCCGAAGGAGCCUUUAGUGCUGGUGCACGGCCUUUUAGGAUUCGACUUAAUAAAUGUGGCGACAGUAGCGAUAUCUUAUUGGCGCGGAAUCAAGGAAGCUUUGGAAGCUGCGGGGUGCGAAGUCCUGAUUACUCGGGUGCCGGCAACAAGCAGCAUUCAAGAAAGGGCGAGAGUCCUUGAGAGGACCGUAUCCGAGAAUUUCCCUGGAAGAAGGGGGGGAUUGGAUUGUCGAUAUCUAGUGACACACCUUCGCAGUGACAGAUUCACUCCUAUAUCAGUAACCACCAUUGCAACACCACACAGAGGAUCCUCGUUUGCAGACUACUUCCUUCAGGUUCUUGGGAGAGAGCGGAUGCCAUCACUUCUCGCGCUUUUAGAUAAAUUACCCAUUGGAGGGGGAGACGGUACCGCUUUUGAGACCUUGACUUUGGGAGCCAUGAUGGACUUUAACGAUUCAACGCCGGAUGCUGACGAUGUCAAAUACUUCUCUUAUGGCGCCGCAUUUACCCCAAGAUUGUUGGAUGCCUUCAAGUUCCCUCAUUCUGUCAUUCUAGAGAAGGAAGGGCCAAAUGAUGGUCUUGUCUCUGUGACCUCCUCUCAGUGGGGAAAGUAUAUGGGGACAUUGGAAGACGUCAACCAUAUUGACCUAAUCGGUUGGAUCAGCGCCGCACGAUAUGCUUGGGCGGGCUUGACCGGGAAAUCUAUCAAGUUCAAGCCUUCCACGUUCUAUCUUAGCAUUGCAGACAUGCUCGCAGACGAAGUGGAGGGCAAAAAAGCCCCAGGUGCUGGUUCAAAUAUGAUAGACUCUUGA